CUGCAUUCGGGCGGAAACGUACAUUAACAUAUAGAUAGAUAAAAAUAUAAAUACACAUUGACAUUAUACAUAUGUAAAUAAACAUGCACUUAGUUUCAGUAAUAGCUCAGUGUCUCCAUCAGCCUCAUGUAUCAAGCUCCCGUGUGAGGUCCCUACCGGAAGCUUAAAUUCCCAAAAUAAAAGCGUCGUGAUGUAACCGUAUGGUGUGUUCGCUGGCAUUAGACUUGUUUGUGGUCAACAGUAUAAUUCCUGACUAACAUUAACGUUGCGUUGUAGUGAUUUCUUUUAAACAGGUUGGCGUGUUGGGCCGAGCGCGGCGCCCUGGUCUUUUAUUGUGUCAGGCAGCUGCUUCCGGCGUGGGAGGGGAUGUGGUCGCGGACUACGGACCAUUCGCUAAAUUAGCUGGCUGCAGCCUUCCAGGGACACCUCGUACGGAGCACCGGAGCCCUCAGUGCGAUUAAUAUGGCUGCAGAGCUCUCCACGUCCAUAAACAUCAAGGAGCCCCGCUGGGACCAGAGCACCAUCGUGGGCCGUGCUAAGCACUUCUUCACCGUCACCGACCCGCGGAACGUCCUCCUCACCAACGAACAACUAGCACACGCGCACAAAAUCGUCACAGACUACAGGCAAGGUAUAGUCUCCCCGGGGCUGACGGAAGACGAGCUGUGGCGAGCCAAAUAUGUUUUUGACUCGGCAUUCCACCCCGACACUGGAGAGAAGAUGAUCCUGAUUGGCCGCAUGUCAGCGCAGGUCCCAAUGAACAUGACCAUCACUGGGUGCAUGAUGACCUUUUACAAAACGACUCCAGCCGUGUUGUUCUGGCAGUGGAUCAAUCAGUCCUUCAACGCAAUAGUCAAUUACACCAACAGGAGCGGCGACGCUCCCAUCACGGUCAGCCAGCUGGGCACGGCGUAUGUGUCUGCCACCACCGGGGCGGUCGCUACCGCUCUGGGACUAAACGCACUAACAAAGCACGUCUCACCUCUGAUUGGACGCUUUGUUCCAUUUGCUGCUGUAGCUGCUGCCAACUGCAUCAACAUCCCACUGAUGAGGCAAAGAGAACUCAAACACGGCAUUCCCAUAACAGACGAGAACGACAACAGGAUAGGAGAGUCGACCAAAGCCGCCCAGCAAGCUAUCUCUCAGGUUGUGGUCUCGAGGAUCCUCAUGGCCUCUCCGGGAAUGGCCAUCCCGCCGUUUUUAAUGAACCAUUUGGAAAAGAAGGCCUUUUUGAAGAGGUUUCCAUGGAUGAGUGCACCUAUUCAAGUCAGCCUGGUGGGAUUCUGCCUGGUGUUUGCCACUCCGCUGUGCUGCGCCUUGUUCCCCCAGAAGAGCUCCAUAUCAGUUAGCCGCCUGGAGCCCGAGCUGCAAGAGAAGAUCCGUGCCAGCCACCCAGGACUGGAGAGAGUCUACUUCAACAAAGGGCUAUGAGAGCGCCCCCUUACCCAUCCCAGCCUCUCCAACCCACCAACGGCCAUGUCGCAGGCCCUCCUCAUUCGCUGCGCCAAAGUUAAGGUUGCGUCUCCUCAUUUCACGCAGAUAUCG